GGCACGCGGCACUCGCCUCCACGCCUUACCCUUUCCGCGCCCACCGCCGUUGCCGCAUAUAGCCACACCGUCGGCGGCGAGUAUAUAUACAUCCAUUCAGUCCAACGACGUAGCUAGCUAGCAGGCGCGCCGCCCAUGGCGAGCGUGGACGCGGCGGCCGGGGUGGCGCCGUUCGUGGCCAAGACGUACCGCAUGGUGGACGACCCGUCCACGGACGCCGUCAUCGCGUGGGGCCGCGACAGCAACAGCUUCGUCGUCGCCGACCCCUUCGCCUUCUCGCAGACGCUGCUUCCCGCGCACUUCAAGCACUCCAACUUCUCCAGCUUCGUGCGCCAGCUCAACACCUACGGCUUCCGGAAGGUGGAUCCGGACCGGUGGGAGUUCGCGCACGUCGCGUUCCUGCGCGGGCAUACGCACCUGCUGCCCCAGAUAGUGCGCCGGGGCGGUGGCGGGAAGCGCAAGGACGACGUCGGCUCCUGCGCCGCCAACGCCGGCGCCGCGGCGGACGAGGACGCCGUGGCCAUGGAGGUGGUCCGGCUGAGGCGGGAGCAGCGGGCCAUCGAGGACCAGGUGGCCGCCAUGUCGCGCCGCGUGCAGGAGACGGAGCGCCGGGCCAAGCAGAUGCUCGCGUUCCUCCUCAAGGUCGCGCGGGGACCCGCAGGUGAUGCGCCGCCUCGUCUCCUCCACGGCGGCAGGCGGCGGGAGCGACUGCGGCGGCGCCGUCGGGUUCGCCGCCGCGGCGCCCUAGGGGUAUUAUCGUACAAAUCCGCCGUGUGA